UUCUCGCCUUCGCGCUUGCUGGCUGGCGGCAGCACAUGGGGCCCGUUGUGGACUGACUUUCCAAGGCGACGCAAGUGCAUCGCUUGUGCCUCCCGGACUGCCGUUGGCCGACGCCACGCUGCCUCGUGUCGUGCAAACCAUCGCUCGCAGCACCGUCCCAUAAACCCUGCAAGCUCCUUCGCCCCGGCCCCUUCUGAGCUCACACCCACCGGCGGCCGUGCGACGUUCGCUGACCUCUUUCUGCCGCUCGCCGCCCAAUUGCUUGCAUUGAGACGCACUUCACUCGCGUCGUUGCAGAGGCAGUAAUCUCUCGAAUACCGCCGCGAUGCCUCCCACUAAGUUCAAGCCAUUGACGCUUGUGCCCAUCAACUUCUCGCUCACAGAGGGCACCUCGAUUCCGGCACCGCUCGACUCGCCGCCCGAGACGCCUCGUCCGCCGACGCCAGGCAAGGGACCGCUCUCGUCGCAUCCCACACCCAGGUCCCCCGCCUCGUCACAGCAACAGCUCAGCUCCCCGAAUGGAAAGACGUCUGAGGACUCGGUGCAGCCAGAACCGCCAGUGACGCGCGGACGGACGAGCGAAGCGGCCGACGGCGGCCUCUCGCCCACGAGUCCCGGCCGGCGGCCGUCGUCGGUGCGCCAGUUCCUGGGCCUCCGCACUUUGCCCUCGCGGGACAGCCUCCACCAGGACGAGCGACCCGGCUCGCCCGCCGCCACCAUAAACAGCCAGCGGAGCCUCACGCGGAAGAAGAGCACCAGCUGGUUCGGCAGCAAGAGGAAGAGCUCCUACUUUGGCUCAGUGCCCGAGGAGAACAAGAGCACAGCAGCGGCGCCUCUGUCCAGGACCGUCACAAACGGCACAAUGGCCGCACCGGCACCACGACCCCAGCCUGUACAGCCUGCACAGCCGCCGCCCCAGAAGAAGGGCCCGCCGCCGCCGGCUCUGCCGCAGCUCAACUCGUUUGGCGUCAACGAGAAAACGCUGAGCUUCGACGCCGAGGACAUGUUUAAGAACAUCAAGUAAGGCGGCAGACGCAUCGACCACGACUACGAUGCAGUUCUGAUGGAUUGGGGCUAAUGAGGUUUGUCGAUUCUGGACCAUGACAUGGAGUUUAUAAGUUUGAUUGUGGAUAAUACGUUCUUUGUUUCUGCUUGUUGCAUAGCACACGAUACCCCGGGUCGACGCAUGAUAGCAGAAGGGCUGGCACGGUUUGGGGUAUGCUCUGGGGAUUACUUCGCAGACAGCAGUACUGUGGGUACUUUGGACUUCUGUUCGAGCGUUCGUUUAAUACUUGACAGCACGGGCUGUCGUUGCUAGACCCUGCAAAUACCAUUCUCUUCUGUCGACUUUGCUUUCCCAAUGUGCAAUUUCGCAUCUCGCACACGAUCAGGUUCGUCAUGCUCACGAUUGGUCGUGGUCGAGACGCUUAAUGUUGCCGCCAUCGCUAUUGUUAGUUUGCGAUGUUGUCGGUCUUGCACGCGACGGCUCCAG